GAUGGUAUAAAGGUUUCGAGAGCCUUCUCCAAAACUAGGGUUUAUCAAGUAAACCCCUUUCUUCUCUACACUGCUUUCAAUCCUCGAAAUGGCAUUUUCCUCAGCUUUUCGUCGCAUUCUUAACGUUUCAUCUUCGACGAUGACCUCUCAGAUUGCUUCGGCUCGAUUCAGCUCAACUCUAACUGCUCCAAAGCUUUUCAUCAGCGGCCUAAACAGAAAUACAACUGAUGAAAAACUUAGAGAAGCAUUUACCCCAUUCGGCCAGCUUGUUGAGGCAAAGGUCAUCAUGGAUAGAGCCACCCAAAGAUCAAAGGGGUUUGCUUUUGUCACAUAUGCAUCAAUAGACGAAGCUGAGAAGGCCCGUGAAGGAAUGAACGCAAAGUUCUUAGAUGGAUGGGUUAUUUUCGUAGAUCCUGCAAAGCCAAAGGAGUAUAAACCUCCUCCUCAGCCCGAAUCACAGCAGUCUUCUGAAUUUGGCUUCAAAACAAACAAGACUAUCGGUUGGUGUGGUAAUUAGAAAAACGCCCCAUGCCAUAUGAUUGAUGUGUUUGUUUAAAGGUCAUAUUAGACGUAUCAUGUUCGAAGACAACUUAUUUAUUCUUGAUAAAGUUUAUUGUGAGUCCAUUCUUCUCGUUUUCUAUUCAAGUUUGGUGGUAGGAUUCAGAAUGAGGCUUGUUACAUUUUAUGGACUUUUAAUCCAGUAACUUUAUAUAGAUAUUCAUGGUUAAGGGGCUACUGUUUGGAACAACUUUUGGCUUGAAAGUUUGUUCAAUAAAAUGGUGAAGAUCUUG